AUGCCAGCUAAUGGCACCAGCAGCGACGAGUGCCCCUACUACACCUGCUAUCUGGUACCCUUUUCGGAGGUAGGCGGAUUUUUUGCUUUUGGGGGUGGUUUUUAAUUUUUUGGAUUUUGGGGGUGUUUUUUUUAUUUUCUGAGUUUUAGGGGUGUUUUUUAGGGGGUUUUUGUAUUAUUUUUAAAUUUUAGGGAUGUUUUUUAAUUUUUUGUUUUAGGGGGUGAUUUUUAUUUUUUUAAAUUUGUUGGAGGAAGGGGGUCUAAAUUUUUUAUUUUGCAGCGUUUCAAAAAAAUUUAGUCUUUUUUAAAUAAAUUUAAAAUUUUUUUAAAAUUUUUGUUGCUUUUGCACUUUAAAAAUGCCUAUUUUCAUAUUUUUAUCUCACUGCACCGUGCAGUUUUAAACACUCAAUUUCUCUUUGCACCGUGCAAUCAACCUUAUCUUUCCUUACUUUUCUUUUCUCAUUGCACUGUGCAGUUCCAUAAACCUGCUUUAUUUCACUGCACCGUGCAAACACACCUUCAUUCCUUCUGCACAGUGCACAAGAUUUUCUUUUUUUGUUUAACGCACUGUGCAGUUGACUUGUCGCAAUCAUUUAUGCUCUGCACAGUGCAGGAGAAAAAGUUUUUGUCGCGUAGCUUCUUUCUUUUGUGGUUUUCUUCCUUUGUCGCCAAUUUGAAGCGAGAAAUGAGAAAAAGUUGCGACAAGAUUAGUGGAAUGGCGACAAGUUUGAUGCUUGUGGCAGGUUUUAGGCUUGCGACAAAGUUUAAGGCUUUCAACAGGGAAACAGGCGCGACAAAUUGAGUGCUUGCGACAAAUUUAAGGCAUGCGACAAAGAAACAGUGUCUUUAUUGUCGCAAUUCAUUGCAUAGUGCACUUCAUUUGCUUCUGUUGCUUUGCACCGUGCAGCCACCUUUUGUUUGUCAUGCGCAGUGCAAGGAGUCUCUGCACGGUGCAAUAUGUUUUUUUUCUUUUGCACGGUGCAAUUAUUUUAAUAUUCUUUGCACCGUGCAAAAUCAUUUUCAAACUUCUUGCACGGUGCAAUAAGUUUUUUCUAAUGGUUUGCACUGUGCAAUAUGUAUGCUUUUCUAACCUUUUGCACAAUGCAAUCUCAAUUUUGUUUGUUAUUGCACUGUGCCGAAAGCUUUAAAUCCGUUUUGUUUUAAAGACAAUGACAUUUUGGGGAAUUUUUGUUGUUUACUCUAUAAAAAAGUGACAUUUUUUGUGAAUUGAUACUAUUAUCUUGUAGUUGUUGCUUUAUGUUCUAGAGUUAUUGAGGCAUAAGUUGUUUAGUUGUAUUCGAAAUGGCAGAAAGUUUAAAAAUAGAGUUAAAAAUUUUUUAAAGUGGGCUUUCUUAGGGUUUUUGCAGUAUUUUUGAGAGUUUUUAGUACUUAGAAGGUACUGCAACUUACGUUUUUUAGGGUAGGGUAAAGUAGAGCAAAAUUUUCAAAAAAUUUUACAGUAACACUUCUUUUUUAACUUUUUCCCAAAAAACCUUCAUAUUACUGUAUUUUUGAUCAAAAAGUCGCUCAACCAAUACUGUUUAGUACGAAAAGUACAAACUCGUGCUCAAAGACCAUUAUCCGAAUAACAAAACUGUGGGAACGUUGGAUGAUAUUGUGGUAUGAGCACAUCCAAAGAUUAAAUGUCCUUUUGGCGACAGACUUUGUUGUUUGAAACCUUGUUUUCGAACAUGUUAUACGUAAAAAUGGCAUCGACAAAAAACUUUUAAAAACGUGCUUUUUACGGGUAAUAACGGCGGGAAGGUUACUGUAAAAGGAUUUGAGGUACUGUAAAAAUUUUUUUUAAAAGAAAAGUUAAGAGGAAGGUCAGCAAAUGGCAGUAGAAAUUAUUUUUAGUUAAAAAACUUUUAAAAAACAAGCCAAAAAUGAGUAAAAAUGCUGUGUCGUCCAAGCGGAUUCGAACUUUUUUUUGAUUUUCGACUUUUUUAAAUGGACGUAUCUUUCCUAAAAGGUCAUACAUUGAGAUGAAACUUUGCAAAUAGAUACAAAUUUGUAUUUUUUAUAUUGGCUUUUCUUAUUUUUUUAAUUUUUUUAAAUUUUUUUUAUUGCACGGUGCAAUGACCUAGAUUAGCAUUCUUCUUACUGUAACGUAAAAACUAGGUUUUUCCUAAACCAAAAAUGUCUUUCACAUUACAAUACUAUCAUUUAUCAACACAACAAGCACCAAAACCAAGUGCAACGUCAAAAAGUUCCCAAGAAAACGCCAUCCCCCCCCCCUUUUUUGGUCAAAAGUUAAACUAUACAGUGCAUGGAUUAGUCAAAAAUAGUUUUUUAACCAACUAUAUGUAUCAACUAAUGCCAAUUAUACUAUAAAGGAACUAUAUUUUUGCGGUAACGAUUAUUCAAUAACCUGUAAAAGGGCUUAAACUUGAUUUACGUCAGCUUUUGUCUACUAUAAUAUAGAAAAAGUUGCUUUAAAUCACGUUUUUGGGGGGUUAAUGGGCUUUUUCUGAAAUUGUAGGACUUUCUUGACCUGUGGCGUAUUUUACAAUUUAAAAUUUUGUCAAAAUUUUUUUGAAAUUUCAAAAAUUAUGGCUAAAUUUAAGAAUACAUGGCCACUCAAUGCUAUUUUGUGUCAUAUCUAUCUCUUUCCUGUCAUUUCUAUCAUUUUUUCUACAUAUUAAGUUGUUCAAAAAAGUCUGCGCCACCAAACCCAGCAAAUUUGCUUUGAGAGUAGCUCAGAAUUUUUUGACCAAUUUCAUAAAAACGGUCCUGAUGGUUCAGAUGUAUAUGUUAUUACUCUAUUUUCAUGUCUGAAAAUUUUUGAGCCAUAAACAAGCUCAAAACUCAAACAAAAACGUAGUAAAUAAGUGAUGAAUAGGCAUGGCUAAUUAUUUAUAGGCGUACGAUAAGAUACACAUACUUCUCUCUACUACAAUAUGCGUUUUCGGCUCCAUUUCGAACAUUGUCAACAUACUGGUAUUGACGCGGUAGGUUGGCUAUGUUUAGAUUUAUUAAAAUACGUUACAGUUAUUAAUGGCAUAAUGCAAUACAAGAUGAAUAAAUGACAAGAACUUUGUUUACAUGGGAAAAAGAAGAAUUUUCGUAUAACUUGUCACCCGCAGGCUGCGGGAAUUAACUUUUAAGAAAAAUUAGUUGAAAAUGAGACGCAAAUAUAAAACGGCAAGAACUUUCUUUACAAAACAAAAAAUGGCUAGAACUUUCCUUACAAAACAGAAAAUGGCAAGAACUUUCUUUACAAAACAGAAAAUUGCAAAAACUUUGUUUACAAAUCUUACAAUGGCAAAAACUUCCUUUACAAAUCAAAAAAUGACAAGAAAUUUUUUUUAAAAUUUAAAAAAUGGCAAGAAAUUUUUUUAAAAAGCUUAAAAUUGCAAUAACUUUCUUUACAUCUCAAAACAAUGUUUUAAUGUGCCAUUUUAGACAUUACUUCCAAAAAAGUGCACAUAGUCUUUCGUUAUUACUCAAAACUUUCGUGACAAUGUAUUUUUGUCAACCUUAUAUUUUGAAAUGCAAGAACUUUCUUUACAAUUUAUUUCAAAAUUUUACUUUAAAAUUAAAAAAGUUUUAAAAAUUGCUUUAAACUUCAAAAAACAUGUUUUUCGUGCAUAAUAUAUCACCAAUUAAAGAUCUUGAAACAAUGACAACAUUGUUUAUAAAAUAUUAAUUAACAUUGUUUCUUAAACCUUAUCGAAAGUGUAAAAAAGUAGGUUUGUAAUCCAUGCUUUACAAGAUUAAUUGAUUACAUUUUGAGGAAGUUAUAAUGCUUUUUUGUAGCCUUGAGGGUGGUCGUUGGUCUGUAAAGAAAGUUCUUGCUAUUUUUUGAUGUUUAAGAAAGUUUUUGCCACUUUAUGUUUUGUAAAGGAAUUUCUUGCCAUUUUUGACCUUUUUAAGAAUUUUUCAAGCCCGUUUUCCUUCUGUAAACUAACUUUUUUCUAGCAAAAACAUGCGCACUCCUAUCAACAUCUUCCUUACCGGCUUAUCAAUGGCGCAGUUCUUGCUGGGCACCAACUACUUGGCCCUGAUGGUAUUCGAAUACUUUCGCUCGCGGUGGUAAGAAUUACUGGAUUAUCUUUUUUCAUAUUGUUGUUAAGUCGGAGAGGGGGGGGUAGAUUAUGAUUUAACAAAAAGUAAUCCGCUUUAUUGAGAAAUUAUUUUCGACACAAAAGGCAUUGAGAGAUGAGAUAAAAGCCAAACGUUUUAAAAGGAAAAUUAAGUGGAAACAAAGUUUUUACUAUUUGAAAAUGAAAAAUGGCAAAAUGAAUAAAAAUUCUUAUCAUAAUAAGUCAAAACAGCCACUAAAAUGCUGUUUUUAAAUAAUUUUUUACCAUUUUUUUCUCAAAAUUUCACUAAAUUUAUCAAAAAUCGCUUUGUAAACUAAGUUUUUGCUAAACAAUUUAAAAAAACUUUUUACUCGAUUUACAAACAGUACUAUUCUUUUUCAUUUUUACACAACUUUUCAACUUUAAACGUUGUCAUUUGUCCGAUCUGGCCAGUUAAGCAACGCUGCUCUUGAUUAUUUUUCCACGAGGGUUCGAAUCCGGUCAGUGCGGAUAGAAGAAAUGGCUCUGUAAACAAUGUUUUUGCUAAAAAGUUUUAAAAAAAUUUUUACUCAAAUUACAAACAGUACUAUUCUUUUUUAUUUUUACCUUACUUUUCAAUGUUAAACUUUGUCAUUUGGGCAAGUUAAGCAACGGUGCCCUUGAUUAUAUUUCCACGAGGGUUCGAAUCCGGUCAGCAACAAAGUGCGUUUUUAGCAUUUUUUGGAAUCUAAAAAUGUUUUUUUCAAUGUUUUAUGAUAAGACAGGUGUACUAGGGUUAAUAAAAAUUCUCAGAAUUACGUUUUGUAAAAUACGAGGAUAAUUCGGUGUCUCAUAAAAUGUUUUUAGUUACGUGUUCUCAUGGUCAUACAUGGCAACUUCAUAUCGACUUAUCAAUGUCAAUUUUAACGUGGUUUUUCAUACUGGUAAGUUGAGUUUGUUUAUUGAAAAAGUUUGUUUUUUGAUUUUGUAAACAAAGUUUGAGAUUUUGUGUUUUGUAAAGAAAGUUCUUGCCAUUUAUUGUUUUGUAAAGGAAAUUCUUGCCAAUUUUUGAACUGUAACGGAAGUUUUUGCCAUUUUCUAGUUUGUAAAGAAAGUUUUUGCAAUUUUUCAAAAAUUUAAAUUUUUUUUAAUAGCGUUUUUAAUUUCUUAUAUAAUCUGUAGAUAACAACCCAGACAACUUUUGUUUACCUGUCUGAAAAGAAUUGUAAAGAAAUGUACCUUUUACGUUAUACUUACAGUACGGUAAAUAACAAGUGUAAACAAAGCAUUUGUUUACACUCUUUACAUCUUGUAGUACACUAUGAAAGAAAGAGCACUUAGUUAAGAUUUUAACAUAUCACGCAUUUGAUAAUGACAUUACAAUAGACUUUACAACGUAGAAGGGUUUAACGUACAUGUUGUAGUAGUUUUUAAAAAAGAAAUGGCAAGAACUUUCUUUACAUAACACAAAAUAGCAAUAACUUUUUUUACAAAGCAUAAAAUCCCCAAAAACAUUUAUUCAUCGUAUAACUUGUCACCUGCAGGCUGCAAACCUAAAUUUCGUUCGAAAAAUUGUAAAAACAAGAACUUUCUUUACAAAAAGUGCAUUUUAAAACAAAAUUUUAAAUAUUAAAACCCACUAAAAAAUAUGUUUUCAGUAGCCUUCGCCCACACCCUAGCAGUAGCCCUCUUCCGACUACUAGCCUUAAAAUGGCCUCUACGUGCCAACCGGUUUCUCUUCUGUAACACUUGGGCUCUAUCAUCAUCGUUGGGUAUUUGGAUAGUUGUGCCAUUCCUAUGCAUACCAGUCUUCUUGACCUCUCAUGUAGCACCAGCCAGUAACAGAGGAUGUAACUUUAAUGGAAUGUACGACCUCACAUAUUCUGAAGACUCAUUUAUGGUUUCGGCCGUUUUCUGGAUGUUUGGGAUCGUGCUGAAACUGAUUCCAUCACUAAUUUUGGCAUUUUUAUUGGCGGCUUUAAUACGGUAAGGUUUUUAUGAACUGUAAAGAAAGUUUUUGUAGUUUUUUUAAUUUGUAAGGAAAGUUCUUGCUUUUUUUGUCUUGUAAAGAAAGUUAUUGACAUUUUUUGUGUUGUAAACAAAGUUUUUGCAAUUUUUCUUCUAUUUUAUGCCAAGGUUUGACAUUUUUCUUAUAAAAUUGGGUGUUGCAGUCUGCGGGUGACAAAUUAUACGAUGAAUCAACAUUUUUUAAUUUUGUAGUUUUGUAAAGAAAGUUCUUGCCAUUUUAAGCUUUUUAAAGAAAGUUCUUGCUAUUUCUUGUUCUGUAAAGAAAGUUCUUGCUAUUUCAUGAUCUCUAAAGAAAGUUAUUGCCAAUACUUGUCUUGUAAACAAAGUUCUCAUCAUUUUUUGAAAUUCGUAGAUUUUGUGCCAUUUUUAGUUUGCCUCUUAUUAAAAACCGUAACAAUGAAAUAAUAAAAAGUAUUUUUAGCUCAUUAGAGACAAUGGAACAUCGCCGCCAAGACACUUUACACCGCAAAAUCUCGGUGUUACGGCGUUGUAACAAUCGGCCGAAGACAACUCACACAUUGCUUGCCAUUCUCAUCCUAUGCUUUGUUGUAAGUUUUGAUUGUUCUGCGGAUUAGCCACAGUAAUUUUAAAGCUUUUUGUUUUUUGGAAUUGUUUUGAUAUUAUGGUAGACAUAACAGUAGGAGUAUUACUGUUAGACAUAUAUCAGUAGGAUCAUCAUUAAACAAUGGCGUGUUUUACUAAGUUAUUAAAAUAAUUAUGAGUUUACUUACCUCGAAAUUUUGAUAUAAGAAAGGGCACAGAAUUAUUUGAACAACUUAAUACCUGCGACUUGCGGGUGACAUUUUAUACGAUUAGCCAGAGCUUUUGGUAUUUUUAAUUUUAUGUCAUUUUUAACUUUGUAAAGAAAAUUAUUGCCAUUUUUUGUUUUGUAAAGAAAUGGUCUGUAAAGAAGUUUUUCCCAUUUUUUUGUAAACAAAGUUCUUGCAAUUUUUCGUUUUGUAAAGAAAGUUUUUGCCAUUUCCCAGACUACAAUUUAGUUUUUUUGCAAUUUUUAAAAUUACGGUAAUAGCCACUUUAGAGUCCACUUGGACCCAAAAUCGUUUAAUUGACUUAACAAUAGUAGACUACUGGUACCAAAUCACAGUAAAUGCCAAAUUAAAUAAUAGCAGUAAUUUACAAGAUUUGCGUCUAUAAUAGGAGCAUUACUCGUGUAGUGAAAUACUACAAAUUUCAAUUACUCUUUAUCACAAACCACAGUAAGCGAUUAGAGUUGUAUUAACAGAUUAUCGUAAUACAAUUAGUUUUCUUCAAAAUUUUUUUAACUUUUGAGUAUUUGAAUUGAGCACGUAUUACAAUUGCCUUGCCUUGCCUUGCCUUGCCUUGCCUUGCCUUGCCUUGCCUUGCCUUGCCUUGCCUUGCCUUGUCUUGCCUUGCCUUGCCUUGCCUUGCCUUGGCUUGGAUUGGCUUGGCUUGGCUUGGCUUGUUUUACCUUGCUUUGCUCCUUCCUCAUCCUACCCUACCUUACUCUAUCCUACCUUAAGCUCUUUUAUUGUACCCUGGCUAUCCUAUCCUUACCCUACCCUUAAAUAUCUUUUUUCUGUUCAACCCUUAAAUCUACCCUACUAUACCCUACUUUACCCUAGCUUUAACCAUAAAGUUUUCCUCCUAGCCCGUGCCUUGUUACAACUACUGCAUAGUUGUACUGUAAACAUGACUAAUUAACACCGUUUGCAAUGUUAUCUUGUUGACAAAUAAAAAUGAUUGUGCCAAAUUACUAUAGUUGUUAUGUUGUGACAAUCUUUUCAAAACACUUCUGCUCAAUGACAUUGCUUUUUGUACCCAAUUACAUUGUAAUAAUUAUCUAAAUACCGGAAAUUGACACGACAUACCAUAGUAAUGGCACGCUUUUGAAUUGUGACCUCAACCCGGAAGCACCGCAGUAAUUGUUUUACUGUACUCGGUAGAAGGAAGUCUUACUGGGUUCAUUAGAUGCGAUUUAUACAAAAACAAUAGAGAUUGUGACAAGAUGUGACAUACCUUGUUUUGAAAUGUCAGAAAAAAAACAAAAAGUAAUCAAAAGAUUGGAAAUUGCAAUGACUUUGUUUACAAAACAACAGAUGACCUAAAACUUUCUUGCAUUUUAAAAACAUAUUUUAUCGUAUAACUUGUCAUGCAAAACUUAAUUUUAUAAAAAAACAGUUGAAAUAUGGUUUGAAACUUAAAAAAUGGCAAGAACUUUCUUUACAAGAGAAGAAAUGGCAAGAACUUCCAUUACAAAACAAAAAAUGGAAAGAACUUUCUUUACAGCCUUAAAAACGACUUUAUUUUUUAAACCAUUACUUUACCCUACCCCAUCCUAUAAUUUACUAAUCUUUUUCCAUUUCAGGUAGAAUUCCCUCACGGCAUCCUAAACCUAUUCACUGCCAUUUACGGUGACAAGUUCGGUAUCAACAUCUACGAUCAACUCGGCUCAUUCAUGGAGAUGUUGACCCUACUGUACUCGUCGAUCAGCUUCAUACUGUACUGUGUCACUUCGAACGACUUCCUGCGAACUUUUCGAAAUAUUUUUUUGAAAAAGAAAAAGCGAAUCGACGAGAGUUCGAUGAAACGAAACUCGAGGUCAGUGAGCAAUAACAACACCCGGCCCAUCGAGAGUAUGACUCUUAUCGCGCCGAAAGGCCCAUACCCUACUAUUGUACUGUCCAGAUCCAUGUGA